UGGGCGACGUAGUAACUUCAGGCGAGUCGUCCGUUUGCUUAGGCGGUUCGCUAUGAUGGUGACCAGGGCGCGGGCGCGGGCGCGGGGGCAAGAAUGCGAGGGCCUGAUCUGGGUUCUAGACGCGGGGCUGGGGGGACGGGAGCGCUUCUUGGCGCAAUAGUUUCAGAAAUAAAAUUACUUGAAUGGGGGAUACUUGAGUCGAGUGUUCUUGCAGUGUGCAUGAUGCUGUUUUUUAUAUUUUUGGGGAGUGUUUUGGUUUAUUGCUUUUUUUUUUGCCGUGUACCGUGGUAGGGAAGGCAGGGAAGAAAAUGACGAUGGAGGAGAGCAGGGAGUCGGAGACUGGAGUUGGGGCAU